UGUUAUGUAUCUCUUCGUCCAAGAGGUUAAUUUUAGCUUUAUGUUCCAAACAAACUUUUACAUAUCAUUGAAACAUUCUCUCCUCGAUUCUCCAAUUGACUCGCAAUAAGCAAAUAGGAGUUAAGAGAAUCUCGAUUCUCUAUCCAUUCGAACAAGGAAUGUCCUCUAUUUCGAACGUCCUACAUUUCCAAUUUCCAGCGAUACUAUAGCAAUAAUAGCGAGAAGGCAUCGGAUAUUGUCACGUAGAGUGCAAAUAUCGGUGAAAAGGAAUAUUCGACCGUCGAAUCUCGGUCAAUUCGAGUCAUAACGGACUAUCAUAUGGCGGCACAGAACAGUAGUUCGAUCGUAACAAGGAAUCGCACUAUCGAAUUUAACAGGCAACGGAUACGACGGUAAUAAUAGUCAAGGCGUCGAUCAUCGCAAUAAUAAUAGCAACACGCUAUCGACUGGCGUUAGCCACCACUGGCAACGUGGUCGCCAGUGUAGAGCAAAGUGAAGCGGGCAGAGGCGGAGGGGAGAGAGUCGACGCCGGUGGUUGGGGGCUGAUAUCUGGCUAAGCGCGGGCGCAGUUGGAUCGCGGUCUUCACCACGGCAGCAUUUCGCUCUCACAGAUCUCUUUACGCGCCACUCUUUUUCCUCUUCUUCCUCUUUUUUUUCUCUCUCGACUCUUUCUCGGACACCAUUCACUCCUACUUGCUCUUUUCGAUCGCCCACUUAUCCAUCUUACGACUUUCUUCUUCCCCUCUCUGACCACUACUUAACCUCUGUAUUCUCUCUCUUUCUCUCUCUCUCUCCCUUCCUUCCUUCCUUCCUUCCUUCCUUACUUCAUAUACCACCAUGCCCAUCUCUAUUCUCCUCUCUGUCGUCUCGACGUGGCGCGACUAUUUCGUUUCAGUCGCUCCACCACCGGUGGCUCUCGCGGUAUUGCCCAUGCGUGUACACACACGCGAUGAAACGUGGCUCACGAGGAACGGAGUGUGCGUGUCCAAUGACGAAUGAGUGGCACUUAAGGAGAAGCAUCACCGGGUAGACUCGUGAUUGCGCGAGGCGAAUGUUCGCGUUACCGCAUCUCGGCACAAGAUGCACAAGCCUGUCACGUGGAAAUUCGAUUCACAAGGAAUGUCUCGAUUCGUGUAAAAGUUAUCCGACGUGAAAAGAGUCGAAGAAAAAGUGUUUAGAUGAAAGGAAGUGCUUCGAGGAGUCGAUUCUUCAUUUAGAACGGAUUUCGAAAAAGUUAGGUUAUGUGAAAAUAAAGAAUUAUUGUGUAACUAUCGAUCAUUUCUGUAUGUGAUUCUACAAUUGAUUAAUCAUGCUUUGUUGCUUCGUAUUGCGCGUAAUUUUCUCGAUAUGAUGAUACAUUAAAAGUAGUGCGACGAUUCGUUGAAGGAUUCGUGAAAAAUACUAUAAUCUAAAAAGUGUGUUAAAUAUUUACGAGACAAAAACUUAUUAGAUUAAGAUUUUAACGUGAGAUUAUUUUAAAAAAUUCAAUCGCGUUACCGAUAUUCACGUGGCAGAUUUAUUGUUCUAGUAGUGGUGUUGAUUUUAAUUUAUUAUACUAGCUGCGAACGUCUUUUCGUUGAUCCAUUUCAGUGCCUGGUUUUCCAUGACGGAUUUUAACGUUAAAUAGCGCGCUUCGUGAUUGGUUGAGUGUUCCGUUGAAGAAGAAAAGAUAUGUCGGCCGAAUAUAACGUUGAUUGAAGAUACGAGAUGGAGCGUGCUUAUUCGGAGACGGUGGAUGCUCGGUGAAGUGCGAGAAUGAAUUUCUCGGCGUCAAUUUUCAACGAGACGGGUUGGAAAAAAACGAGGGAAAUGCAGCGGAGAAGAAAGGAACGCGUGGCUUCGACACGAAUGCAAUAGACACCUUUUAUCGGUAACAGCGAGUCGACAACUGGUGACACGACGACUAGGAGAAAAGAUUCAUCGCUCUACUCGAGCUGGCACGACUUUGAGGCUGGUAUCGCGAAAUGUACCGGAAACGAUGGACCGUGAAGACGCUACGAAUGGAUUUAUGGUAUGGCGGCAACGGGAGUGGCUGGUGUGCCAAGAUUCUGGCCAAAAUCAUCUGCAUUUUCUUCUUCUCGAUACUGUUGCACGACGAGGCUGUGCGUAGCACGCGUUUGAUCGAGGCUGAUAACGAUCUCCAAGAAUAUGCCACGCCGGAUCCGAAUCCUUACUUCGACACUACGCGCGCGUCGAACGUGACGGGUCUCGUUGGAAAGACGAUUCAACUCGUUUGCAAAGUGAAGAAUCUUGGGAACAGAACUGUCUCGUGGGUUAGGCAUCGAGACAUUCACCUGCUGACAGUCGGUCGUUACACUUACACGAGCGAUCAACGUUUCGAGGCAAUGCACACACCGCACACAGAGGAGUGGACAUUGAGGAUACGAUAUCCUCAGAAGAAGGAUUCCGGUAUUUACGAGUGCCAAAUAUCCACCACUCCUCCCAUUGGAUAUUCCGUGUAUCUCACCGUGGUCGAGCCGGUCACAGAGAUCGCCGGAGGGCCGGAUCUGUUCAUCAACAAGGACAGUACGAUAAACCUGACGUGCCUGGUCAGAUACGCUCCCGAGCCACCGUCCACGAUCGUUUGGAGCCACGAUCACGAAGCGAUUAACUUCGACUCACCGAGGGGCGGGAUCAGCUUGGUCACGGAGAAGGGACCCGUGACUUCCAGCCGUUUGCUAAUCCAGAAGGCGAUCGACAGAGACGCCGGCCUGUACACAUGCUCGCCGAGCAAUACCCACUCGAGCAGUGUGCACGUCCACAUCGUCAAUGAGCAUCCAGCAGCGAUGCAUCACGGAAGCGGCGACAGAAUGGCUGCGACCCUACUUACCCUCAUCCUACUUCUUUUCAUGAUCAUUUAGCCAGCGUUCGGUUUUCAUGGAUAGUGAUUUUAACCGCGCAUUUCUGAAUCCGCUCAUCCGCUCUGAAAUUGAAUCAAUUUCUCUCGAUUAUUCUAUCUACGCUCACGUAUAUUAUAUUUAAUUUAAAAAAAGAGAAAAAGAAUUUUUUAUCCUUUUUUCACCUAGGAAAAAUAAAAUUCGACGAAAUUUGAUCUUGAGAGUCAGAAUAGAUUAUAUGACUUAAAAUAAAAACGAAAAUAUGGAAUUAAAUUUUUUAAAUAAAAAAUAAAAAAUAAUACGUCAAAGAGUUAAGAUUCAAACAAUCGAUGAACUUUUAAAUUUGAUUUCCUUCAGAGAACCAAUUUUUAAAAAAAAUAUAUUCUACAUUUCUUGCUUAUUUUCACAAUUAGAAUAAUCUUCCAUCCAGAGAAUUGAUUAAUUUCACUUUUGAAUACUCGAAAACCGCGAAAGCCUUCGAAUCGAAUUUCCUUAUUCUUCAUUCUCGCCUUAAAUAGCUAUAAAAAAUCCCCCCCCUCCUCUCAUAGAUCCCAUCUCGAAACAGAAUCGCCAUGACCAUCCAGUGUACAUACACGCACACUGUGUGUAAUUUCACGAUCGUAUCGUGGAGUAACGACGGAACGACUGGUAUCGACACUGGAUUUAAUUAAAUAAAAACACGUUGGAAACACGUUCGUCCUGUUGCGGCAACAACAAACUCGCUUCUUUCCACGUCAUCGAAAAGUUUCGCCCAUUUUAUACGUUUUAUCUCGAAGAGGAUAAGCGUCGAAGCGACUUGCCUCCCCGGCCAAACUUGUUACAUUUCUGUUCCUGUCAUCGGGAAAUAGAAUCAACGCCACCCAGAACGAUGUAGAACGAGCGUAGAAUCUUCCGCGUCCCUUGCGGCUGUCUAAUGGAUUUACGAGAGAGGGAACGAAAUCCACGAUGUGAACGUGGAAUAUUAAUUUCACGGUGUAAUUCCGAAGAAUUGGAAUUAAUUUGGAACACGUUGCAUAUCAGAUAGAUUUGCAAGAAUUUUCCUAUUCAUUAAUGAUU